AUGGCAUCCAGUCACCCACCAACGUCUGCAACAACACGUGAAGGCUUAUCUCAUGGACAAGCUCGUACUACUCAUAGUUCAAGUGUAACUCAAGUGUUGAAUGAUACAAAAAAUCGUUGCAAAUCAUUGAUAUUACGUUUGAAAACAAAAAGGUCGAAAGAAGAAUGUCAAGCGGAACUUCGUCGCAUUGUAGAAGAUAUGAAAACAGAUGUAUCAACGAAUAUUGAUG